UACUUACUAGUGUUGUGUUCGGUUGUUGACAGAAUAAAAUAUGCACAAAACAUAAACAAUACAAUAUAUCUUGCUGAUACUGCCAAAGAAAUAAGAAUUGUGAAUGAAAUUUACUUAUAAAAACAAGUGACAUGGUGUGUUGUGCUGUGAAUUCGUGUAAAAACACAUCUGCAAAAAUCUCUAAGAAUAAAGAUGGCAUUACGUUUCACAGAUUUCCCCGAGAUUUAAAUCGAAGGCGCUUAUGGGAGAUAGCUGUGAACCGCGAAGAAGAGUGGUCAUCGACUGUUUCCAGUGCAGUGUGUUCUGAACAUUUCGAUACUAAGGAUUUCUAUAUCACUGAAAGCGGGUUACGCCGUCUAGCUGUAGAUGCAGUCCCUAGCAUAAAUAUAUCUGCUUGCCAGGCACCAGAGCCGACAAUUUCAAACCUCCUUCCAAUUGACGUCUCUCCAACGGAUACGGAGGAAGUUAUCAAACUGAAAUACAAAGUGCGCAGACUUGAGGUUAUAGCGGAGAACAGAAAACGGAGACUUAACAUAAUGUGGCAAAGUAGACGAAGACUUAGGAAGCAAGUUGAAAGAAUGAAAUGCAUAAUUAAACAUUUAAUUAGAUACAAGCAGGACAAACGAUGUGAAAACAAAUGA